UUAGACCACAGUACUAAAAAACCCCCCAAAUCAUGGCUAGUACAGUUAUAGUAGUUGGUGGACCAGCAGGUACUGGUAAGACCACACAAGCACAACUUCUCGCUACCCAACUCAAAUGUGCCUUUAUUGAAGGAGACGACUUACAUCCACAAGCCAAUGUGGACAAGAUGGCCCGCGGAGUACCAUUAACCGACGAAGAUAGAUGGGGAUGGUUGAAGCAACUUUCGAGCGAAUCUGCAAGCACAGCUAAAGGCGACACUGCGAAUGUUUGUGUCGUCACAUGUUCCAUGUUGAAACGGGUGUAUCGUGACUACAUCAAGAAAUGUGCCAAGACAGCUGCUGGCGAAGACGAUGUUAAGUUCCGGUUUGUAUUUUUAUACACCGAGUUCAACGAGUUGCUUAAACGAGUUGAAGGAAGAAAGAAUCAUUUUAUGAAGUCAGAUAUGGUCAAGAGUCAAUACGACAUUAUGGAGAUCCCUGAGGGAAAAGAGUUGGUGAAGAACGGUGGUGAGUGCAUAAGCGUCGAUACCACGGGUAAAACACCGGAGGAGAUAUUCCAAGAGGUCGUUGUAGGGUUACAAUGAGGGGAUAGAUAGCAUGCAGCAAACGUUCUGUUGCAUGUGCCAAGAUAUAGACAAUAGAUAC